AAAGAAAAAAUAAAAAAAAAAGAAAGAAGGCUACAUAAUAAACAAAAUAAGAAAGGACAAAGAAGAUAUCACAACACGCAAAGGAAAAUAGAUGUUUAUUUUUCUGGACACAGAAGCUGAUGAAAAGGGCUCUCAAUAGGAGGAGAAGGAGAAGCAGAAGAAGAAGUAUAAUUAAGAAAGGAAACUCCGGCCUUUCUCUCUCUUUUAUUUUAAUUAUUUUCCACCUUUAAUCUUUUCCACACGCAUACACACAUAUUAAAUCAGACUCUUUGGAGGUGGACACUUCCUCGUUCCUCAGCUGUUUGUUCCCUCUGACACUUGUGUCAGUUCUUAAACAGUUUCUAUUUCUCUCUCUCUAUAUAUCUCUUUCUCUCUCACACACACACACCUCCUAAAUAUAUGCAUGUGCUUUUGUGUGGAAUAAUAUAUCUAUAUCUCUAUCUAUCUAUGUGACCAUGUCUCUCUUUCCAUCUCUCACACACAACACAAACACAUGAGAUGGGCCUCUUCCCCCCCCACCCCCCACCCCUUCUCUCUCACUCUCUCUCUCUUCAUCAAAGGCUUCUGCAUCUAAUGAUAAGGAAAAGAGGGGUCAAAUCAUCUGGACCAAUUGCCUUCUUUUGAUCCACUCGCAGGAAUUUCUUGGAUCUCUUCAAGGAGAAAAGAGAGAUAAACUUCUCCACCUACCAGUAUACGUACCUACAGAAACUCUCUCCCUUGCUCUCUAAAUAAGAGAAGAGAAGAGAAGAGAAAGAGGAUUAUGUGAAAACAAUUAAUCGAUCGACUCCAAUAUUAAAAUAAAUAAAUAAUAAUAAUAAUAGUAAUAGUUAGGGUAGUAAUCUGAUGGCGACGUACUUCCACGGCGGCCCCGACAUCCAAACCGACAGCCUACAAACCCUCUACCUCAUGAACCCGGCCUACGUCGGCUACUCCGACGCCUCCGCUGCCGCAGCUGCUCCUGCCAACAUGGUCCUCUUCAACCCCGCCGUGAACCCGAUGAACCCCAUGAGCUUCGCCUACUCUCCCGCCGCUGCCGGCCAAGAACCGAUCCGUUCUCCGCAUCCACCGCCUCCGACAAUUGGCGCCUCCCCCCACGACGUCUCGGCGGUCCACGGCCUCGUCCCCGGGCGCGUCCAGUAUAACCUGUGGACGCAGCCCCCGCCGCCGACGCACCAGCAAGGGCUGUCGCUGAGCCUGUCCUCGCGGGAGAUGUCGGUGUCUGCAGCGGAGGCGACGCCGAAUUCGGGGGCUCCGAAUGCGACGGCAGCGGCAGCGCAGAGCUUCCUGAUGGGGUCCAAGUACCUGAAGGCGGCGCAGCAGCUGCUGGACGAGAUGGUCAACGUCGGGAAGGGAGGGAGAGCAGCUCAUGACGCAGCGGCGGGGAAGGGGAAGAGCGAGGAUUCCGACGGAGGAGCGGAGGCGGGGGCGGUCAGCGGCGGCGGCGGGCAGGAGGAGGCGAGCGCGAAGAGAGCGGCGGCCGAGCUCUCGACCGCGGAGAAGCAGGAGCUUCAGAUGAAGAAGGCCAAGCUUGUUAACAUGCUCGACGAGGUAGAACAGAGGUACAGGCAAUACCAUCACCAAAUGCAAAUAGUGAUCUCAUCAUUCGAAGCCGUGGCCGGUCGCGGUUCCGCGAGAACGUACACCGCACUCGCCCUCCAAACCAUAUCGAAGCAAUUCCGGUGCCUCCGAGACGCCAUCACCGGCCAAAUAAGGGCCACUAGCAAAAGCCUCGGGGAGGAGAACGCCAAGACGGUGGGGUCGAGGCUCCGGUUCGUCGACCACCACCUCCGGCAGCAACGGGCCCUCCAGCAGCUCGGAAUGAUGCAGCACAACGCAUGGCGGCCGCAGAGAGGGCUACCCGAGAGAUCCGUCUCGAUUCUUCGAGCGUGGCUCUUCGAGCACUUCCUUCACCCUUACCCAAAGGAUUCGGACAAGCUCAUGCUAGCGAAACAAACUGGUCUCACUCGGAGCCAGGUUUCAAAUUGGUUCAUAAAUGCGAGGGUGCGGCUCUGGAAGCCGAUGGUGGAGGAGAUGUAUUUGGAAGAAACCAAAGACCACGAACAGAUCAACAACAACAACAACAACAACAAUAGCAACAACAGCAACAGCAACACUGAGACCGGCGUAGAGAACAACAGCGCCGAGAACGAACCCGACGCCGCACCGACGGCUCGGCAAGAGACGGACGCACCGAAAUCUGCGCGGCGGGGGGGAGGCUUCAAGGAGAAGCAGAGCAGCGCCGUGCCGAGCUACUACGACGACGACCUGUCAAUGCGGCAACAACCGAAGCUCAAGAAGCUGAGGAGCGAUGAGCCUGUUCACGCGGCCAUCGCGUCGUCCUCGCACUCGAUCGCGGGCGUCGAUACGAAGCCCAACGAGAUGAACAACCGCGCGCUGCUGAUGAAGUUCAUCGAGAGCAGCGGGAGGAGCAUCGGGGAGGAGCAAAGCUACCACUCGCUGAUAGCAGGGGCUACGAGCAACGGAGGAGGAGGAGGAGGAGGAGGAGGAGGGUACGGUGCUUAUUCGAUGGGCGAGAUGGGGAGGUUCGACUCGCAGAAUUUCGCGCCGAGGUAUUCGAACAAUGGAGUGUCACUCACUCUGGGGCUGCCACACUGUGAGAACUUAUCUCUAUCAGGAGGAGCGCACUCAUCGUUCCUGCCCAGUGAGGGGAUGCCAUUUGGGAGGAGGAUUGAGAUGAGCGGCAACGAGGCCGGUGAGUUUUGCAGCAUCGGCAACAGUAGCCAAGCAGUGAACUCUCCCCAGCCUCCAAAUGCUUACGAUAUCAAUAUUCAGAGCAGGAAGAGGUUUGCUGCUCAAUUAAUGCCAGAUUUUGUGUCCUAGUUCAAGGUUGUGUGUUCCAUUCCAUGCAUGGUUUUGGUUGUAGCAGUGUUAUUUAUAAAUUAGGGGGCUUGUAAAAUAGUGGUAGCUAGCUAGGUAUUAUUCUCUUUGGUGCUCCACCAUUUGGGUGGUUUAAUUUUAGGAAUGGAACUCAAAGAUGAUGCAGUGUAUAGAAGAAGAAGAAGAAGAAGAAGAAGAAGAAGAAGAGGAAGAAGAAGGACAUAUAGCUCCACACAAUAGGAUUUUUAUAUUUUGACAGGACAAAUUUGGGGAUGGAGUUUGAGAAGAAAAGGAAAUUGAGUCCAUAGAACUUGAGAAUAUUGUAUAUUUGUAGCUAGAGCACUGUUUGGACAUACGUAAUAAUUCUAAAUGUUGCAGGAUUUUUAUACAAUCUUAAUAACAUGCAGGACUUGUUCGGUAGUGAUUA